AUGCAAAAUAUUCCAGACAAGGCCGUGGCUGAACUGGGCAAAGGCACCUUUGGCCAGGUGUUCAAAUGCAAAGAUUUGCUCUUUGGCAACUAUGUAGCCGUCAAGGUCAUCCGCGCGAUUCCAAAGUACCGCGAGGCCAGCAAGAUCGAAAUCCGUGUCCUUGAAACACUCAAGGAACAUGAUCCCACCAACCAGUAUCAGUGCAUCCAGCUCCAUUCUACGUUCACCCAUUAUGAUCAUGUCUGCAUGGUCUUUGAUAUGCUCGACCAGUCCGUCUUUGAUUUCCUCAAGUUCAACAAUUUCCAUCCGUUCCCACUGGCCCACGUGCAAGACAUGGCCCGUCAGAUUUUGCGCAGUGUUGCAUAUAUGCACGGACAAAAUCUAGUCCAUACCGAUCUAAAGCCAGAAAAUAUCAUGCUGGUCAAUAGCGCCAGUCGGACCACUUCUGUGCGAACCAUUGAAAAUGGCAAAGCACAGAAAUGGGACAAACAAGUACUCCUCAACACAGAAAUCCAGCUGAUUGACUUUGGCUCAGCCACGUUUGAGGACGAAUAUCAUUCAUCCAUCGUCUCAACACGCCACUAUCGCGCACCAGAGAUCAUCCUGGGCACCGGCUGGUCCUACCCAUGCGACAUCUGGUCCAUCGGCUGUGUCCUUGUCGAGCUCUUUACUGGCGAUGCCCUCUUCCAAACACACGAAAACCUGGAGCACCUGGCCAUGAUGGAGGUUGUCCUGGGCAAAAUUCCAGUGCAUAUCAUCCGAAAUGCAAGUUCAGACGCCAAAAAGUACUUUUCCAAUGGCCGCACACGAUACCCUGACAAAACCACAAGUGUCAAAUCUCGCGAAUAUUUUGCAGAGACAAAGCCUCUUGCUGAAAAAAUAUCACCCACGACACAGUACAAUCGGCUAUUUCUAGACCUGUUGCGUAAAAUGCUCAUGUACGACCCUAAAAAGCGCAUCACUCCAGGGCAAGCGCUUAACCAUCCAUUCUUACACACCCGUUUCGACGACUUUGGACAUGUUGAGGAGCCUACGCCUCCACUUUCGUCUGCAGAAGAUUCACAAAACUGA